AUGGCGGGGAAACAGGAAAAGCUAGGAAAGCCAGCUGUAUUCUCCACUCCACUUGAAAAGCCCGCUGGUCUUACAUCCUUGAAGAUAUUCCCUUCCAACUACAGUCAGUUCUUCAACGUUGCGAAAAGCGUGGGUGGCAGAUCCAUGGCAGAUUCACAACCAAAACUGUUUAGAUUCAAUUCGUUUCCUUUUUGCGGUUUCCAAGUCAUCAGACGUUGGGAAACUGUCAUGGUAUCUCCCUUAAGAAAAAGGAAACAACAAAAAGAAAACGAAUUGAAUCUAAACAGUUUUGGUUGUGAAUCUGCCAUGAAUCUGCCACCCACGCUUUUCGCAACGUUGAAGGACUUACAGGACUUGAAGGGGAAUAUCUUCGAUGUGGGACCAGUGGGCUCGCCAAGUGGAGAGGAGAGUGCCGCUAACAAGGUUCUGUACAAUUCAUCGCGCAGAGUCAGCAUGGGUGAACGAAAAGAAAAGGAAAUUCGGCGGGCGCUGCGGCAAAGGAUCGGCACAGGCGCAUAGCCGCUCUACUUAGCAUCAGCUGUUUUUAUACUUAAAG